AGCGUUGAAUCGUCUCGACGGCUCUCACACCACCGAACCAAUACGGGCUGGCCCUGCCGCAGGUCCGCUAUGGAGAUUGGUGCAGAGUUCCAGGAUGGCCAGGAAGGGACCGAGCCUACGGGGCGUAGACUCCCAGAGGCCGCAGGAUCACGCUCACAACGCACACCACUGGACCUUGGCGCAGAGGUGCGAAGCUCCGCGCGGGAGCUGCAGGACCGGCUUGGUGGCAGUGGGCGAUCGCUGGGAUGGCUGGAGGAUGAGGCGCCAGCGCGAUGGAGCCGAUCCUUCAUCUCACCCAAGGCCGCCUCAGAGCAUUUGCCGAGGCGGGUCCGGGAGGACGCUGCCCGACGUGAGCUCGACCUCCUGGAGGAGAAGAUGAUGCGGCAGGUCUUACGGUUGCAGGAGCAGUCAGAACGCUUCAUGGACAUCAUGAUGCAUCCCUUGGAGGCGAAGGUGGCUGCGCUGGAAGGCCGCCAACCGGUCAUCGACUGUAGCAUCGCUGAGUUGCGAGGCAAUUUGAAGGGCAUCCAAGACUCCAUUGAGCUGCAGGUGAGACGGUCCGAUCAAAAUGAGACCCGCAUGUGCAAGUGGCGGAAGACCUUGGAGGAGCAAAUGCACGCGCGGGUGGGGGAAGUCUCUAACCGCCUCGGCGAGGGCCCCUCUCCCUCAGAGACGGUGAGCCGCUCUGAGAUGGUUGAGCUGGCAAAAGUGCUGAAGAAGGAGUUGAAGAAACUCGUUGAGGAGGCGUUUCAGCAGGGCCAUGCCGUCUCGCGUGAGGAGCUGGCGGGCUUGGGCACGGCCCUGCGAGAGGAGAUCGGAACCAUUGAGAAACUUACGGCGGACACGGCGGCGCAAAAGCUCUCAGCACACCAGGAUCUCACUACCGCGGCGGAAGCGGUCCGAGAGGAGAUGAAAUCCCUCACUGAGAAGGCCAUUCAAGAAGAGGCACUGGUGCGAGCCAGCAUGAGCGCUGUGCAAGAUUUGGAGAAGGCCAGCCAACAGUCCCGGCGGGGCAUGGAGAUCUUCGAGCGGCGGAUGGCCAAAUGUGAGCAAGAGAUCAAGGAGCUUCCCAAGCGAGUGAUGAUCCAGGCUCCGCCUCCUGUGGAUGCCGAGCCGGGUGCCAUUGCGCCGCUCGAGGCCAAUCACGCUCCGAGCCACGACUCGCACGACGCGCUGCUCGAGUCACGUGUCGCCCUGUGCGAGCAGUUGGAGAAGGAGUUGCAAAGCGAUGUGCAACAGCAGGGCCACCGUUUGGAUCAGCUGGAGGCGCAGGAGCUUUCGGCCGCGUUGGAGAAGGCGUUUCGGGAAGUGGCCCGGCUGGAGCAAAGGCUGGAGGAGCUGCGAGUUCCGGAGGCUGAAGCCUUGCAGUGGAUAGCCAGAUGCGAAGAGCAGGUUGACCUUUUGCCUGCAAACACCGACCUUCAGGAUUUGCUCGCCGGUGCAUCAACGAGCGGCAAGGUGGAAGAGGGCUCAGAUCUCACAGAAGCCUUGAAGCGGAUGACAAGAUGCGAAGAACAAAUCGAGGAUUUCCGGAAGGACCUUGAAAAGCACCAGGCAUCAGAGCACAUUUUGCCAAAGGUGGAAGAGGGCUCAGAUCUCACAGAAGCCUUGAAGCGGAUGACAAGAUGUGAAGAACAAAUCGAGGAUUUCCGGAAGGACCUUGAAAAGCACCAGGCAUCAGAGCUCAUUUUGCCAAAGGUGGAAGAGGGCUCAGAUCUCACAGAAGCCUUGAAGCGGAUGACAAGAUGCGAAGAACAAAUCGAGGAUUUCCGGAAGGACCUUGAAAAGCACCAGGCAUCAGAGCUCAUUUUGCCAAAGGCUGAAGAGAGCUCAGAUCUUUCAGAUGCCCUGAAGCGAAUGACAAGAUGCGAAGAACAAAUCGAGGAGCUCCGCUCUCUCCGACGCGAGCCGCUGCACGAGGCAGCGACGGCCUCGCAGCUGCUGUUGCCCAAGGCCAGCCGUCCAGAACAUGAGGACGAGGCGGAGCUGAGUGACAUUCAACUGAUGCUCUUGGAUCUCCAGCAGAGGGUCUCAGCGCUGGAAGGAGCGGAGGUCGAGGGGCCGGAGGCCACUUCAGCUGCUGUGCGCACGCCUGUGGCAGUUCUGGGGCAGGCUGCUGAGCUGAUUCAGAAGAUCGAGUCAGACUUGCAGCAAGCACGAGAAGCUGUGGUCCCAGGUCUCGACACACAGAAGCUUAAGCAGCUCGUGGACUCAAAGGCGUCAGCACCUGCGCGAGACGAGGGUGCGGGCACGCCCCGCGCGCUCCCUCCAUUGGCGGCGAUGAAAGUGAUGGCGUCUCCACGGCUACAGCGCCUGUCAAUGACCCCACGCCUUCAGUCAGCUCUGCCUGAGGUCGGCGAGUCAGAAUUACUUUCCAAAGCGGCGGAGUUCCAGGGCGAGAUGUCCCAAUUGAAUGGCUCUGAGCUGCGGGCCGAGGUGGCAGCUGUUUGGGAUGCGGUGGCGGAGCUCGCUGAGAUCGUGGGGGACGCGGCCCCCGCCGGUGCCGGGACGCCCGAGGCUGUGAGAUAUGCUGAGUCCAGUAGCCUAGGUGCUUUGCAGCAGACGGCCACCUUAGCGAUGGAAAAGGCGGAAAGCUGCCAUCGCUCCAUGAGUUCCUUCGGACAGCAGCUCCGCACCGUGGAGGAAUCGGUCCAAGAGAUGGAUUCGCGGCUCUACGGCUGUGAAAGAAUGCUCUCAGAGGGGAGCCGGGCAAAGGAGGAGGUCUUUGCCACCUUUGACUUUAGCAGCUUUCAGGCACAGCUCCCGGAACGUGCCGCUGCCCCCGCCGGCCCCGCCGCGCGAGUGGCCCGGGCCUUCGACGUGGCGCCCCACGUGGGCGGACGGCGCUCAGAAGGCUCCAGUAGCCAUGCGACCAUCUCGGACGUGUGCGAGUCGAGGCCCCUUCGAGCGGCGCUGGAGCCGGCGCUACGCGCUGCGGCACAGUUCAAGCGCUAUCCGCUGGAGCAUCCAGUGCGGAGGUCGUGGGAAGAAGCCUGUCAUGAAGCUACGAGUCAGGACCAAGAGGCGACGCCGUGGCCCACGGUGCAGAUGCCCGACGAGGUCUUUCUCCACUCGCUGGCCAGCUGUGUGGCCAGGGCGGAGCUUCGAGGAGUGGAGGAGCAAGCCCAGCAGCUGAGCCCACCAGAUCCCAUGGAUACUCUUCAUGUGGUUUGUGAGCGCGCCAAAGCUGCGCUGGCGAGUGGAGUGUGAGACCAGAUGAUCGGAUGCGAACGAUGGAACGAUGGAGGCCAUGAAACAAAGAAAGCGCAUGACAAAUGCCAUAAAAGGAGACUUGC